AAACAAACCACCUCUCCACCCCUCAAUACCUUACGAACAACAACUCAAGACAACGAUAUCACCACCAAAACAACAGAAGAUACCAAUACAGAAAGAUCCCAAUACACCUGGAGCGAACAGGUAG